CGCAACCGCCGCAUUGCACCCAUCGGCCCGCCAUUUGGUAGCGCGGCGCAUUUCCGGGGGCUCGGCUUCCAUGCUACCUACCCAUUAAUGUCUAGUAAUAGGUAUCGUCUGACAGGUUUUUCUUGUAACUCGCAGCGUCACAGCAAAAUCAGCAAGGAAAAUCCUCUCCUUCUCGAGCCGCUUUUGGCAGUUCUUGCUCGCUUUGUUUUUUUAACCCGAAAGGGAGAGCCGCCCACCACACCACCACCACACAUAUAUACUUGGGCCAUCCCAGACACACCCCAAGCCUCAUUCCUUUGUUUCCCUUCCCCUUCAUAACAUAACAUCCUUGACGAAGCAACGCAUCUUCUUCAAGUUCAACAGUUCAGAUUGCACUCUUGCUUGACAGUCUGCAAUCUCUUGACGCUUCUCCCUAUUAUCCGCCCAAACCACCCUUAUACACAUAUACACACACCAUGGCUCCCGCCGCCGUCUCACCCCUCCAGCAUCCCGCUGAUGCCGUUCAAAACCGUACCGCCACCACCACCCAGGUUGACGGCACUUUCGCCAUCCAGCCUGCUGGCAACUUCACCGGCUACGACCACGUCACGUGGUGGGUUGGCAACGCCAAACAGGCCGCUUCUUACUACACUCAGCUCUUCGACUUCAAGGUCAUCGCUUACCGUGGCCUGGAGACAGGCAGCCGCUACUUUGCCUCUUACGUUAUUGCCAACAACGAUGUCCGCUUCGUCUUCACCUCUCCCCUCCGAUCCGCCGUCCACCUCCCCGAGGAUGAGACCAUUUCUCCCGAAGAUAAGAAGCUGCUCAUGACCAUGCACGCUCACCUUGAGCGCCACGGUGAUGCUGUCAAGGACGUCGCCUUCGAGGUUGACAACGUUCAGGGCGUCUACAACAAGGCUGUCCAGGACGGUGGCGCCGUUGCCGUCCAGGGCCCCCAGACCUUCCACGACGAGGAGUUUGGCUCCGUCGAGACCGCUGUUAUCUGCACAUACGGUGAUACCACCCACACUCUUAUUAACCGUCACAACUACAACGGGCCCUUCCUCCCCGGCUUCCGCGCUGGCAAGGAGUCUACCUCCCAGAUCGUCAGACCCACCGUCCCUCUUAGACGCAUCGACCACUGCGUCGGUAACCAGGACUGGAACGAGAUGAACAACGCCUGCUCUUUCUACGAGAGAUGCCUUGACUUCCACCGCUUCUGGUCUGUUGAUGACAACCAGAUCUCCACCGAGUUCUCCGCUCUUAGCUCUAUUGUCAUGGCUUCCCCCAACAACUUGGUCAAGAUGCCCAUCAACGAGCCCGCCCCUGGCAAGAAGAAGUCCCAGAUUGAGGAAUACGUUCUCUUCAACUCUGGUGCUGGUGUUCAGCACAUUGCUCUACUUACUUCCGAUAUCAUCACUUCCGUCACAGCCCUCCGCGCACGUGGUGUCGAAUUCAUCAACGUUCCCACAACAUACUACGACACCAUCCGCCAGCGUCUCAAGACCGAGAAGCGCAACUGGGAGCUCAAGGAAGACCUAGACACCAUCGAGCGCCUCAACAUCCUCAUUGACUACGAUGAGGCUGGUUACCUCCUCCAGCUCUUCACCAAGCCUCUCAUGGACCGUCCCACCGUCUUCAUUGAGAUUAUCCAGCGCAACGAAUUCGAGGGAUUCGGUGCCGGUAACUUCAAGAGCUUGUUCGAGGCCAUCGAGCGUGAGCAGGCUGAGCGUGGCAACCUUUAAAUGGUUCGCCUUUUAUACCUUUUUCAAACUCCUCUCGUCUACUAUCCCAUCUUUGGCUUCAGUUCAACCCAAAGAUGUCUUCUUUUAUUUCCUUUGUUAAACAGCCUACAUUUCAAUUACGGGCUAUGUUAUGGGUAACAUGCAUUUAAGCAGCAGAUGCACUGUAUCAUCAUCUCUGCAGGUUUUAUGAGUUCAGCAAAAUUACAAGCAAGAGGCGAAGAGGUCCCGUCUCCUUGCGCAAUCUCUAGUAGUCAUUCUUGAAUUUCUUGUGCUAGUUAAACAAGAAUAUUCUACACAUAAACUACAAUUAGUUUAAAAAGAAAUUUGAAAAGAAAAAAUAGAAU